UCACACAACUCAACAAGAGACCAACAAAACCAUCACUACAUGCACAAGUGCCAUCCGACAGCUGUCUGAGGGCAUCAGAAGCUCUUCCAGGCAAGAACGACUUCAGUUAGAUCGCCUGAAGAACCAACUUUCUGAUGCCAUUCAACGAUAUGGAACGAUACAAAAGAAAAUUGCAGAGAAAUCCAAAGCUCUGUUUCCAGUCGGGCAGAGAAGUAGAAAGCAGCAAAGCCCCAGGACCCCUUUCUCUGACCUGGCUGAUGAUGAGAAGAUCUUCAAUGGUGGAGACAGCGCCUGGCUAGAACAGAACCAGGAACAUGCCCUGCUCUCAGAAAUCACAGAGGAAGAUGUAGAGGUCAUCCGUCUACGGGAAGAAGCCAUGAAGCAGAUUGAGAGUGAUAUGUUGGAUGUCAACCAAAUUAUUAAAGACCUGGCAUCUAUGGUGUAUGAGCAGGGAGACACAAUAGAUAGCAUUGAAGCGAACAUCGAGACAACCUCCUCGAACGUUGAGUCUGCCAAUGAGCAUUUGGCAAAGGCCAGUCAGCAUCAA